GAGUCCUGGCCUUGCGCUAUGUCUGGCGAGAGGUAUAAAGGACGCUGUCACCCAGGUAUUAUUCCCAACCCACCCUCACGCCCAACAACUUCUCCUCCCGCUUACACUUUCAAACAAUGAUUGCACUUCCAUGUCUUGCUAUUCUGUUGGCUUGGGCAACGUCAGCGGUGCUUGCCACUCCCGCGCCACGGCAGACCGCUUGCGCUACGUUGGACUACAGCGACAAGUUCACCCUGAAUGCCGUCUAUGUUGAUGGAUCUGGCUCUGUUCCCCUCAAAUUCGUCGACAGCGGCACCGUACCGCAUGUCGGUUGGGCGCUUCUGACGGCUUGCCCCUCCUGCAAGAGCAGCUUCGCAUACUCGACCCUCGCGGCAGGCGUGUGGCAUCCGUACGCCAGCGAGUAUCAGAAGCCGGUGUCCUGGCCGCUGGUCGCGGGCGAGUCGCCAUCCUUCAUCUCUGAGUACCCGUAUCCGACUGGCUGGGCAGGAUAUUGCGUCACGGACGAUGGACUCCUCGGAGUGGACAAAGACGCUGGUCAAUGGAGCCUGUGCACGAACUCGACAUCCAAUCGUCUCGACGUCGUGUACAGCCCGGUAGAGACGCAUGCGCACUAUGUCGCCCAGGAUUGUACUGCUGUGACGAUCCAACUCGUCGACGUGUAGGAAUGUGUCGCCCUUGUCUCUGAUCAUCCUGUAUGGCAUCUUCAGACGUACUGACCAGUCGAGCCGAUGUGCGAUUGUUCGGAGUGACAUCACUGCGAAUACGCGCAUGCAACCCUUUCCUGUUCUUCCUCGUCCUAUACCUCGGGACUUUUCUCAGGAUGACCAAGUUCUGACAUAGCAUACUCAGCCGUUAUAUAAGCAGCACCAGAGUGGGUUCACAUAAAUAUAAUGUAGAGCUUGACAUUGGCUAAACUUCCCGAGAUCUACCAGAGCCACCUCCCGCCC